UCGGUCAGAGGAGAGGACGCCGUCUCACCAAGCAAAUCAUUGCGUCUCCGCGCCGGGGACGGUGAGACGCCGCUCUCUCCGCCGCGGGACCCGGGAACUACACAGCCCCUCCUCCCUCCUUGUUUGUUGCCGACUGGAGAAAUUAUCCGACCUCCUCAUCUGGCAAUGGGCCACAGUGGAAAAUGCUGUCCAAUUGGGCCCAACAGGCCCAUACCAACAAUUGCUGGUCCAUCACAACUAGUAUGUCAGACGGCAGUGGUGACCGAUGUGCCAGGCUGAAGAAAGCAAGGACAGCGUUGUUGCCAUUGAUGAUCCUGUUCUUCGUCCUGAUCGGAUUCUACUGACUGGGACAUACUGUCAGCCGGACUCGCUGUCGCCGUUGUGUCCAGCUGGGCGUUUCUCGGUAGGAUCAAGACCAUGAUUUACGUAUUUGGUUUGGUUUGGCGACGCAUGGAGUACCCAGUUAGGCAAGUGACGGACGGUUGGUACGGUGGUUGGAUUUGGAUCCGGUGCUCUCCUUCGAUUAUCUGCUGCGUGCAGGUGGAUCAUCUGUUUUUGUUUGUUGGGCUUGCUGCUUGUGGUGGCCUCUCACCUUUCGGUCGCCUCGAAUGCAUGCCUUGGAGUGAGUGGCAACCAAAUGAAAGCCAGAUCAUGAAUGCAUGAUGUGCCUGGAGAGUCUGGACUCUGGACGGACGCUUCUUCUCUCUGUCGUUGGCGUCUUCCCCUCCGAUGCGCCAUGCGUGUACGUCCACGCAUGCUGCAGUUCUAGCUUCUUAAGCUAAUUAAGACAUGCUUGGCAGACAAGCGUCCGAGCUGCUACUGCUAGCUAGCUAGCACAUCUAUCUAUCUAUAUAUUUCGCAUCGGUCGACCAAGGACGAAGAACGAAGAAACCAAGCAGCUACCACCAUCAGUCCAGCAACAAUGGCGGCGGCGGAACCGGUACCAGUACCAGUACCGGCGGCAGCUGCCGGGACCAACAAUAAGAUCAAGACGGUGGUGGUGCUGGUGCAGGAGAACCGCUCCUUCGACCACAUGCUGGGGUGGAUGAAGUCGCUGAACCCGGACAUCGACGGCGUGACGGGGGCCGAGACCAACCACGUGGACGCCUCCGACCCGGCCUCCCACGCCGUCCGCUUCAGCGACGGCGCCGAGUACGUGGACCCGGACCCGGGCCACUCCAUGCAGGCCAUCUACGAGCAGGUCUACGGGACGCCCUUCGUCGACGCCGCCACGACGCCCGCCACCCCGCCGGGCGUCGCCCCCUCCAUGUCCGGCUUCGCGCAGCAGGCCGAGAAGGAGAGGCCCGGCAUGUCCGCCACCGUCAUGAGCGGCUUCCGCCCCGACGCCGUGCCCGUGUACCGGGACCUGGUGCGGGAGUUCGCCGUGUGCGACCGCUGGUUCGCGUCCAACCCGGCGUCCACGCAGCCCAACCGGCUGUUCGUGCACUCCGCCACCUCCCACGGCCUCGUCAGCAACGACAGCAGGGCGCUGGUGGCUGGCCUCCCGCAGCGGACCAUCUUCGACGCGCUCCACGACGAGGGCCUCUCCUUCGGCGUCUACUACCAGUACCCGCCGUCCACGCUCUUCUACCGGAGCCUCCGCCAGCUCAAGUACGCCGCCAGCUUCCACGCCUUCGACCUCCACUUCGCGCGCCACUGCCGGGAGGGCAGGCUGCCCAGCUACGUCGUCGUGGAGCAGCGCUACUUCGACCUCCGCUUCCUCCCGGGGAAUGACGACCAUCCGUCCCACGACGUGGCCGAGGGCCAGCGCUUCGUCAAGGAGGUGUACGAGGCGCUGCGCUCGGGCCCGCAGUGGCCCCAGACGCUCCUCGUCGUCACCUACGACGAGCACGGCGGCUUCUACGACCACGUGCCCACGCCCGCGGGGGCCGGCGUCGUGCCCAGCCCCGACGGCAUCGUCAGCGCCAAGCCCUUCUCCUUCGCCUUCGACCGCCUCGGCGUCCGCGUCCCGGCGCUGCUCGUGUCGCCCUGGAUCGAGCCCGGGACCGUGCUGCACGGGCCACCGUCGGGGCCCUGCCCGACGUCCGAGUUCGAGCACUCCUCCAUCCCGGCAACCGUCAAGAAGCUCUUCAACCUCAGGAGCUUCCUCACCAGGCGCGACGCCUGGGCCGGCACCUUCGACUGCGUCCUCACGCGCGACAUACCGCGCACCGACUGCCCACUCACCCUGCCCGAGCCAGUGAAGCUGCGGCGGACGGCGGCGGCGGAGCAUGCCCCGCUGUCCGAGUUCCAGGAGGAGCUGGUGCAGCUCGCCGCGGUGCUCAACGGCGACCACACCAAGGAGUCGUACCCGCAAGGGCUCGUCGAGGGCAUGACGGUGGCGGAGGCGGCCAGGUACUGCGUCGACGCCUUCAAGGCCUUCUUGGACGAGUGCGAGAAAUGCAAGGACCGCGGCGGCGAGGACGGCUCCCACAUCCCCACGGUGAAGCCGACGACGACGGGGAAGGAGAAGGACAAGAGCAAGAGCAGCUUCGCUUCCAAGUCGCUGUCCUGCCUUCCCUGCUGUGUCCGUCCCUCUUCCUCGUGACCUCCCUCUCCUUCUACACGCGAUGCGCCCACGACUCCAGGCAUCACAAGUUCCCAUUCAGAAUCGGUCGGGUAGUGAAUUUUACAGUGUGAUACCUCACUUGUGUAGAUUGAUUCAUUCCUAGUCAUAUGCAUUUGCAUUCCGCAUUAUAUUGAUUAAAUAUUCUAACGCAUAAUAGAAAGGUGGAGUAGAUACAGAGAAUCGGUCCGUUCGCUUGUCUUGUUUAAUGGAAGUUUAAUGGAUUGUUUAGUGACCA